AUGAUAUCACUUUUAUUGGUAAUAACCUCCGUAUAUUGUCUGCAAUUUGGGUAUGAAGCAGAGAAAGGACAAUAGAUCUGCUUUACUGAUAAUUUCUCAAAAGAAGAUGUCUUUGACAUUAAAAUUAGUGCCAAUUCAUCAAAUUAUGGUUUGAAGAUCGCCGAGGCCAACUCUCAAUCAAUUGAUAGUUUGUAUGAUAAUAAGGGGUCUUGGGAGCACAAUUACUAAUACUAAUCAACUUCAACAACUGCUCAUAUUAGAUACUGUUUAACAAAUUUUGACAAUGACUUCAUCGUGUUUAAUAUUACGUAUAAAACUGGAUCAGAAUUAGCAAACAUGGGAAAAGUAGCAAAAAUCUAGGAUUUAAACUAAAUGGGAGGAAUCAUUAAUAAAUUGAAUACAUAGCUCGAUGAUAUAAAAAGAGAGAGAUCAUUCUUGAUUGAAAAAUUUGAUUACAUGUCCAAAUUGUAAGGUUCGAUUUCGAAAAAGCAAAUGGGAUUUGGGUUACUAUGUCUGGGUCUAUCAAUGAUUAUUACUGUAGUCACUGUAAACAUGAUUAAAAGAAUUUUGAGAUUGAAAAAAGAAUCAUGA